AUGGUUUGCAAGAGGCACAGUGGACAGAGCAUCACUGCUGCAUCACCGGAUCAUUCAGGCGGAUCAAGCACUGAAGAUCACUGUCAUCUGCAACAACAGCAGCAGCAGUCCAAUGCUUCCUCGAGGAAGUCGUUAGAUCCAGAAAAUCCGGACCGCCGCGCUAGUGGCAGUCGAAGAAGUACGGGACGCUCAGAGGAGAAGACAGAUAUAGAAGGUUCCAGCAAAAAGACCACGCAACCCCCUAGCCUAGGAUCCUCAAAGGUCUCAGUAGGCAGUGAGCCUUCCACCCUGGAAUCUAAAAAAUCCUCCAAGCUUCCAGACCGCGACGAAUUCAACCAACUGCAACGCAGUAUCAAGGAACUAGCGGAGGAAUUCGAGGCAGAGAGUAGACAAAUCAAGAACAUGCUGCAGGAGUCGUUGGGUCUGACUGCUGAAGAUCAGGCGGCGAGCGUGGUUAGGGAACAGGCCCUCUCCGUGAUCGCGGAAGAUGAGCUCUCCGAUGCAAUGACUCUCCUGGGCAACAGUCUGGAGUACCUCGUGCGAGGAGCGCGGCAGGAGAAGAUGGACUUACUGUCAGCCCUCAGAAAGUCCAUGACCACUGAAUGGACAACUGAGCAAAAAACUGAACAACUGCAACCACAGCCCCCGCCCUCGACAAUUGGCUACCCCAGCAGCGGCGAAAUGAGCGAGCUUCUGCGUCAGAUCAGCGGGCUGGCCGCAGAACUGCGUUCCCAGAACGAACACAUCAGUCAGACUUUUCAGAGCAGAUCACUAUCCUCCCUUCCGCCGCCGCCACCGGGAGAAUUUAAAGCAGAAGCACCACCCGAGCAGCUGCCGUUGGCUAGUCCCUUCUUUGGUCUGCAACAGGGAAUUGUCAGUCUGACUAAACUCAUUCAGGAGGACAGUGAACGUCUGAGCUGCCUUCUGCAGCCAACUACUCCGCGUCCUACCGAUGCAAGUGCGGCGGACAUCACCUACCUGACCGGCUUCGGGAAUCCGCUGCAACAAGAGGUCAUGGCUACGGGCAGAUCAGUGAUGAGUAGGCUUCACGAGCUCUCCAGCGAGUACACUCAAAAGGCCGGGGGUGAGGAGGCGGUCGUCGCCUCCACGCCCCUCAUCGUGGCCGUGAAAGAGGUCACCAAGUAUGUGGAGACACUGGCACGCAAUGUACACGACCUGAAGCAGCAGAAGAGCAACGAACGACGUGCACAUUAUGCUCAGAGCUUGCGCCAGGCUCUGGACGAUCUGACUGGCCUGGUGCAUGACCUUAAUGAAGGUCUGGGUGAGCUGGAGCAGACAAGGUUCCAGGAGUGUAUUAAUCAACAGCAGGAAUUAGUAGCGAGACUGACUAUUCCGGACCCCGCGCUAAUGCAAGUGCUAAAACAGGUUAAGGACUCCGUUCAUCACUUGGCCGCUGGUGUUAUGGAGAUGAGGGAGCGACAGGAGCAGCUGUUGGACAGAUACUCCCAACCGAUUUCGUUACCGUUUGAGCUAGGUAUCAACCGAGCCUUCACCUCCAAUGGAGAACAUCCACACUCAGUACUUACGGACGUGCAUGGAGUGGAGGAGGAGGCGAUGUUGAAGUCCUUGCGUGAGAUCAGGGAAAGUGUGGCAUACAUCGGCAGAGAGAUACAGGAGGCGGAUCUCAAUAAGCCGCCACCCGUGCCGAAGGUGCCUGAGGUGCCUCCCACUGAUCCGAAUGUGUUAAAAGCUCUUUCGGCCCUACGGGAGAGCGUCAAGUCUAUCCACAGAAGACGAAGAAAUAUGUCCUCUUCUUCGACCUCUACUUCGGACACUCUGCAUAUCAAGUAG